AUGAAACGAAAAGGUAUUCAUUCUUCAAGCAACGGAAAUGGCAGAAAGACCUUGUCUUCUGUUGCUGCUGCUUCCUCUUCCUCAUCAGCAAUGAACUCCUCCACUCUCUCCUCUCCCCCCAUCAAACAAGACAAGAAACGUGUCCGAAGAGUUUCCUUCUCCACCAAACAACCCGACAUUCAAAUGUUUGAACCUGCCAAAUCGCCCACACAGCUCAAAGCAAGAUCAAAGACUGCUUCAACAACGAGCUCGAACAUGAUGGCAAAUGGAAAGCAACAAGUGCUCUCUCAACAACAAGAUGAUCAUUCCGAAGAUAAGGAAAAUGCAAUCAACUUUACUCUCUUUGCAAAUCAAACAGCAACUCAACCGCCAUCCUCAACUUCAUCUUUAGGUAAAUCCAUCUUUGAUGAUGACGAUGACGAGGAUGAUCAAGUCGAUGCCCUUCAUCCCAAACAAAGUAUUAGUACCAUGGAAUUCACUCAUGAAUUUGCCAAUGAACCAGUCACUAACGAGGACGAACAAACCAUGGAAUUUACUCAACUCAUUCCAACCAACAUUAGUGUUCUCGAGAAUGAAUUAACGAAUAUGAGCCUUUCAUCGGCUAGCCACUCCACAAUGUUGAAUUCAGGGAAGAACAACCCAACCAACUCAAACAGCUCUUCUUCUAUACAAUCUAAAAAAUCUUACAAACCGAAUCUCGUGAUUCCUGUUCAUGGAGACUCUUCUCGAUUGGAAGAUCAUGGUGGAGAUGCAUUCAAUGAUUUCAAUUUUGAUCCAACACCAGCACCAGCCAUUCCUGACUCGUCUUUUCUCUUUGGAAGUGUGGAAGUGGAUGAAGAUGGAAAUGAAGUCAUGAUGAUGGACCAAUCCAUUUUGAAUCAAUCACAAUUAAGCAAUGGUGGUGCCAAUUCUAAUGAGCGAGAUCACGAAGAACAGCCACAAGAACACCAUGAAGAACAACACUUUCAAACUACUACUGCAUUGAAUGGAGGUGGUUCUUCUCUUCAAACAACAAGUUCUAACAAUGUUCUCCAAGAAUUGCAACCUCAACAGCAACAACGAUCGGCACUGAAUCAACAUGAACCAUCCUCUUUGGACCUUAUUCCUCAACAAGCAAUGACGUUUGACAAUUUCAACAACAAUAAUUCCUCAUCACUUAUGAAAGUCACUGAUUUUGCCUCCAUCUUCUCAAAUCUCAAUUCAAAGUCUUUACUCAAUACCAGCGCUCAUGAUAUGAGCAUGACCACAUUGUUUGAUCAUGUGGAUGAAGUGCCACCACUCGAUGAAGAUACCACUCGAACAAUCACUGCUCAGAAUAUUACUGGAGAGCUGGCGGGUCAAGAUCCAACCAAGAAUGCAAAUCCAUCAACCAUGACAGGAGUUUCUACUUCUGUCAAUGAUCCAGCAAUUUCCAAUGCUCUUGCUUCAAAUUUAAAUAGCACGAGCAUGAAUAAUAGUGUUCUUUUGAGUAGUGUGGCUUCCACUCUUGGUAAAAUGACCAAAUAUUCCAUUGCCGACUUUUGGUCACACAUGUCCAUUCGAUUUCUCACAACCAUUACGGAUCGAAAGUCAAUGGUUCCACCACAGAAUGCUAGAAAUGCGUCAAGAUUUCAGGACGUAGAAUCGAUUCAAAAUGAAGAACUCUCCAGCGAAUACAGAAAGAUUGUCGUUCGUAAUGAGUCAUUGGAUAGAAUGAUUGAAAAUACAAAGAAAAAGAUUGAACGGAUCGAAAAAGAUAUUUCAGAAAAGGAGACUUAUCUGUCCUAUCAUGAACCUGUAGUUGUACAUUCAGCCAUGUCUAAAACGAAGAAUUUAGACAUUCCAAACAAUGUUCGAAUUUCCCUUCAGAGUGCAAAGAACGGUGCUAAUGUUGAAAAGUUCAAACUCAAAUCAGAAACCGAAAACUUGAAACGUCAAUUGCUCAUCGAUGAAAUCUAUGGUUUGGACGAACAGUUGCAAGUACUUGACAAGUAUGCAAGGCAUUACGAGUAUUUAAUUUCUAAUUUACAGAGUGAAAUUCAAAAUAAGAAGGAUGCAAAGAAGAAGGCAGCCCAACCUCAGUCACAGCCACAUCUGCAAUCGCAACCACAACAAUCACAGUCGCAACAAACACAACAAACGUCCUCAAGGCAAUCUUCCCAAUCCUCCAACAUGGCUCUCGUGCCAAACAAUAGCUCCCAACCUCAGCAAGUGGUCACAGCUAUCAACCUUCCAUCCACCUCAAUUGCUCCAACCACCACCACCUCCACUACCACUCGUAGAAGACAAAAAUCGGAGCGCCUCUCCCUCUCUGCACAAGAUUUACUCAUUUCCAAUCCAAAUUUAUUGAGCUUGGUGAAAAACAAGUUCGUACCAUACAGUGUGAAUCGAAAACAUCACAAUUUGGUUUUUGAAUUUCCAAAGUUUUGUGAUGCUGCAGAUUAUCAAAAACCAUUAACUGUAGAUAUCAAAUUUAAUCCUUUGGACAAGUCCAUUGUGAAUGUAAAGAUUGUGCCGUGCUCCAGUUCAAUAUCCUCUCAAAACAACAACAUGGAUGAAAUUGAACAUGCUUUGUUCAAACUCAUUGAGAUGCAUAUUGUUACCAUUAUCAAGAGAUUCAGCUACACACGAUAUUUACCAAUCAUUGUUUCAAUCAUGUCUUCUCAAUUCCAAUUUCUGUAUUUAUUCAUGAAAGAGAUCCGCAUUUUAAGAAGUCGAGGCAUUGAUGUUGGUUUCGACCACAUUUAUCCACUUCUACUGUUUACCUCUUGUCAGAUACAUGAGAACGAGUCAGGACAUCAUUCUCUUGAAUUGAAAGCUAAACAUGAACAGCACCAACUACUAAUGAACAUUACAUGCAGGGAUGGCUCUUUCGAAUUGGCAUGGACAGAUCCAAGAAAUGAAGACCAGUUGUUGGAUCGAUUUGUUUAUGACUGUAAUUUAUUGAAACGAGUGAGGAGUUUGAUACGAAAAUGUGAACAACAAUAA